AUGCUAGGAUUCAGACAGACAGCCACUGCAAUCGUGAGGCCGGUCGGCACCAUAGGGUAUGCGCGGCGCUGCUACCACCCCAAGGUCAUAGACCACUACACCAACCCUCGCAACGUUGGCACAUUGGACAAGAAGCUUACAAAUGUCGGGACCGGGCUCGUGGGCGCGCCGGCGUGUGGCGACGUGAUGCGCCUGCAGAUCCAGGUGGACGACAGCACAGGCGUAAUCGAGAACGUGAAGUUCAAGACGUUUGGCUGCGGCUCGGCCAUUGCGUCAUCUUCGUACAUGACCGAGCUUGUGCGCGGCAAGACGCUCGCGGAUGCGGAGAAGAUCAAGAACACAGAGAUCGCGCGCGAGCUAUCGCUUCCGCCGGUCAAGCUGCACUGUAGUAUGCUCGCGGAGGACGCCAUCAAGGCCGCCAUCAAGGACUACCGCAGCAAGCGCAAGGCGACCGAGCUGCGCUGA